AUGCCUCCAAAAUAUCCCCUAUUCAAUUCAAUAGCAAUCCAAUCCAUGAUACAUAAUAUUCCCACUCUAUCAUCUCCAUUUUACCUAUUCGACGAUGAUAUUGUAAUCAGAAAACGUUUACCUGUUACCACAAUAAUUGAUGCAAACAAAAGUAUAGUCUAUUUGGGUGGUGAUACGUUUAAUAUUCGUAUUCAGCCACAUACACUGUAUGAUGGCAAUAUACACACCGCUAUCAACAUGGGACUGAAAAAACGAUCAGCUGAUUUACUUAAAAGCAAAGGUCGGUAUUUUAUUGCUUCCCAUGGUCCAUUACUGCUUUACAGAGAGAUUGGUAUUAAAAUAUGGAAUGAAUUUCGAGUAGAAAUGAACUCGCUAAUAUCUCAUCCAUUUAGAAUGCCUGCAGAUCCUUCAAUACAAACACUCUAUAUCUACGUCGGUUAUUCUAAUUAUUACACCUUUUUGAAAGCACGAAAAAUGCUGAGAUUUGUGAUGUUAGACAGUCCUAAUCUUCAAAUAAUUCGAAGAAAAUUGCAAAAUACAUUUAGCGAUCAACUCGCCUAUUUUAUAUGUAUAAAUGACGACUUACCAUCAUUGACUGCAGAGAUACAAAAUCUUUUAAAUAAAGCUUAUGAAACCAUUUUUUCGAAACGUUGCUCAUUUGAAUCUUAA